CGGGGGGAGGGUGUGUGUGUGACGCAGUGGAGUGACGCGCACAAUGCCGCUGGGGGCGGGGCUUGGCGCUGCCAGGACAGGGGAGCUCCGCGCGGGGGGCGAGCAGCACCUGCACGGGGAGGUCGCAGAGCAGCGGGUCCUGCACGAGGCGGGCCAGUCCCUCCUGGAACAGCUCGAGCACCUCGGCGUGCGCCAGCUCCUCCUCCUCGGGGCCCGGCUCCGCCAUCAGCCCGCGCGCGCGGCUCGCCAGCAGGGCGGGGCCUGAGCGCGGGCGGAGCUUCCCGUGACCGGGAGAAGGGAAGAGGCGGGGCUGCAACGUGACCCGGAAGCGGAAAUGCUCCUGUUCUGCCCGGCUUGCGGGAACGUGCUGGUGGCUGAGGAAGGCGCGAGAUGCCACCGCUUCGCGUGCACCACGUGUCCCUACGUGCGCAACGUCACGCGCAAGGUGAGCAGCCGGAAGUACCCGAAGCUGAAGGAGGUGGAUGAUGUGCUGGGUGGUGCUGCAGCGUGGGAGAACGUGGACUCCACGGCAGGCGAGUAUCAUCCUCGGGGCUCGGCUGGGGAUGCCUG